CCCAGCACUGCCGCUGCGUGGUGCUGCGGGCCCGGGGCAGCCGCCGGCCGGAUGGAGGAGGAUGGAUGCCGGGAAGCCGCCACUAGCCCGGCGGCGGCACGGCGCUUUGUGCGCUGUUUGUACGCCGUGGGCUUCCUGGAUUUAUUCGGUGUGAGUAUGGUUGUUCCUUUAAUGAAUCUUCACAUCAAAUCUCUAGGAGCAAGUCAUACAGUUGCUGGAAUAAUAGGAUCUCUCUAUGGUAUAAUGCAACUAUUUUCCAGCACGUUUGUGGGCUGCUGGAGUGAUAUAGUAGGAAGACGGUACUCUCUGCUUACUUGUAUUCUUCUCAGUGCACUGGGUUACUUCCUUCUUGGAACGUGCACCACUGUGUUCCUGUUUGCCCUUUCUAGAGUCCCUAUAGGUAUUUUCAAACACACACUUUCCAUCUCUAAAGCCCUGCUUUCCGACUUGGUUUCUGAGAGAGACCGCCCUUUAGUAAUGGGCCGUUUCAAUGCAGCCUCUGGUGUGGGCUUCAUUCUGGGGCCUGUUGUUGGUGGCUACCUUACGGAGUUGGAAAACGGCUUUUAUCAAACGUCUUUCAUCUGUGCCUCUAUCUUCCUUUUGAAUGCUGGUCUUGUCUGGAUGUUACCCUGGAAUGAAGAAAACAUUGUCAACAAGAAACAUGAACAUGGCAAGAAAAGGACAGACAAUUCCUCAGCAAAAAGAGAUUGUGACUCGCACUUGAAACCAGUAACUAAUGGAGCUAUGGUAAAUGAUGUGCCUUUCCAGUCUCCGUGGGUCCAAAUUACAACAGUGCUGAAGAGGAUUAAAGAAAUUGCAUCAUCUGAUUUGUGGGAUAUAUUUUUAAUACGGUUACUGAUGUCUGUUGCUAUACUGCUGUACUACAGUAAUUUUACUCUGGCUUUGGAUGAGAGAUUUGGGGUGAAACCCCUGUUCUCUGGAUACCUAAUGAGCUAUAGCAGUACACUUGGAGUUCUGGCUGGUUGUCUUCUUGGACCAAUAACAAGACUGUAUCAGCACAACACUUACAGACUUCUGUUGCACUCUAGCACUUUUACCUGCGUGUUGAUUCUUCUGUAUGCAUCAGCACCUGGCAUGUGGAUGGUCGUUUUGUCUUCCACAUUCUUAGCCUUUUCGACUACUAUAGGUCGUACUUGCAUCAUUGACCUCGAAUUGACCAUUGGUGGCAAUGAGGCCAGCGGUACGCUCCUGGGUGUUGGACAGUCUGUGACAUCAGUGGGACGUAUAAUUGCCCCACUCCUUUCUGGAAUUGCUCAGGAAUUCAGUCCCUGCGGCCCUCCAAGUCUGGGGGUUGUCUUAGCUUUAAUAGCUAUUCUCAUAAUGAACAUAAACAAGCAAAAAUAUUGCAGUAGUGGAAAUGUUAAGUUAAAAAAUCAGUAAUAGCUGCAAUUUGGAUUGCACGGAUGUAUUUUACAGAAGAAGCACAGUGAAUCAACCAGGGUUGAUACAUACACCUGCCAGACCUGUACAGUAGGAACAGGAUCUUUUAAGAGGGCCAAUUUUGUUGAUGCAGAGACAAGUGUAUAUAUACACACAUAGAAAUAAAUGCUGCAGGACAGUUGUCUUUCUGAACUGGGACCACUAGAAUUCUUACAAGAGGGACAAGUGUUAAUGUAUAGCACUGGCUGGGUUUUUUUAAGAACUUCUAACUUUCUUGGAGGGAAUAGAAGAAUGACUUACGUACACAGAUGCUGUUUGUAGCUGAUUUUGAAACAGAAUUUAGACUGAUAUCUUGUAAAAUGUACAGACAAGUUAAUUUGUGUUAUUUAAUUAGAGGUGAGCUUUUAUUAUUUUAUCAGGAAAAUUUGGAUCAUAACUUACCAGGCUUAAUUUCUUAUGCUGUGGUCUGUUGCCAUUUUCUGCUGUGACAAUAGAUAAUUAACAAGAUGUUUGUUUGUAUGAUUUUGUUGAGUGUACAUUGUCUUUGAAAUUUAAGGUAGCCAUCUGGCCUUGAUUACCAUCUUUCCCAGGCAACAGAUUUAGAUGUAUGCUAAUUUUGUAUUAGCAAGCUUAAAAUGGACAAUUUUGGAAUAACAUGGAGUCAUUCAGACUGAAACUGAGACUGAACCUAAACUUUACUGAAACUUGAACUGCUAGUUCGUGUUUAGUGAUAACUUUACUGAGAAACGUUGUCAUAAAUUAUCUUCUAAUGCUUCCUGUGCAGUUUUCCUGCCUUCAUUUUAAGAAUAAAUUUGCUUCUCAAGUCUUUUGAUUGACUGUUCAAGAUUUGCUGGAGAAGAGUUCAAAGGUGACUUUGAGUAAAUACAUUCUCUCUCAUCUCUGGAGGCAUAGGUGACAUUUUAGUGACAGGACGAAAAAUAUUUAUUUAUAUUUCAGUCUUGGUCUGAACUGCUUAAGUAAUGACUUUACUCUCAGAGCUGUAGUGAGAGUCGUAGUACUCUGCAACUUUGCUAUUUGUUGUUCAAGCACAUAUUGCUUACUAGUCGUUGUUUGAAUUUGUUUUGAAACAUACUUUGCACUGGUGAUGUUCCAUGCACUUUUUCUAAAACUACUUGAAGCUACCAUCCACUAUGUCAAAUUUUGCAUUAAUAACCAUUUGGCUGUCUCCCUCAACACAUCUGUGCAAAUGAUGUUGCUACUUCAAGAGAGUCACAGGUAAUGUUCUGCACUUCCUUCUUUUUCCAGUGCCUGAGAUUGUGUAAGUCCUUGUUGAAACCUCAGUCAUUUCAGUGAUGCCACCAUGACAAUAUAGAGAACUCUGAGUUAAUUUUAUAUGUUGACAUAAUAAAUGUUUUAUUGCUGCUAUGAUUUCAGUAGCUAUCAUCAUAGAUAAUUACUGCAAUGAUCUAUGUUGAAUUUACUAGAGGAACUUGAGGCAUUUUUAAGUAUGUUAUCUCCUUGUUUUGCUUGGCAGAUGCUUCAAGACAUUCUCACCCAACAUUGCCUAUCCUCUUUCAAUCCAUGUUUUCAAAUAGCAACUAAAACUAUCCUUCUGUAAACCAGGGUUUUCUGUUUUGCAACUGUAGCAAAAGUUAAAAGGGAAGGUGGAGAAUUUCUCAAAAAUAAACAUAUUUGAAAGA